GAAAGAAAAUUAUUAAUGGCACUUGCUAAAGAAAUUAUGGGUAUUUCCCUGCUGGAGAAAUCAUCAUCAUUUAUGAACUCAUCAUCAAUGGCACUUUUUAAUCCCAAUAAUUAUCACAAAGAAAAUCAUCUUUGGUUCAACCAGCAGUUUCAAGGAAGGAGGAAUUUAAGUAGAAGAAAAGCGUUCAGACAGAGUACUAUGGCAGCUAUAAGUGAAAAUUUGAUCAAAGUUGUGCCUGAAAAAGCAGUGAAAUUCAAAGUGAGAGCUGUAGUUACAGUGAGGAACAAGAACAAGGAAGAUCUGAAGGAGACAAUUGUGAAGCAUCUUGAUGCUUUCACCGACAAAAUCGGGAGGAAUGUCACGUUAGAGCUCAUUAGCACUGACAUGGAUCCAAAUACAAAAGGACCGAAGAAGAGCAACCAAGCAGUGUUAAAGGACUGGUCUAAGAAAUCGAACUUGAAAACAGAGCGAGUAAAUUACACAGCAGAAUUCAUUGUGGACUCGAAUUUCGGAAAUCCAGGCGCGAUCACAGUGACGAACAAGCACCAGCAAGAGUUCUUUCUGGAGAGUAUUACUAUUGAGGGCUUUGCAUGUGGUCCAGUUCAUUUCCCCUGUAAUUCAUGGGUUCAACCCAAAAAAGAUCAUCCUGGAAAAAGAAUAUUCUUCUCUAAUCAGCCAUAUCUACCGGAUGAAACACCAGCAGGACUCAAAUCAUUAAGAGAGAGGGAGCUAAGAGAUUUAAGAGGCGAUGGAAAAGGCGUCAGAAAAUUAUCUGAUAGAAUAUAUGAUUAUGACAUCUAUAAUGAUCUUGGAAAUCCAGAUAAAGGCAUUGAUUUUGCUCGUCCUAAACUUGGAGGAGACGACAAUGUUCCUUACCCGAGACGUUGUCGUACUGGUCGUGUUCCUACAGACACAGAUAUAAGUGCGGAGAGUCGUGUGGAGAAGCCAAAUCCAACGUAUGUUCCGAGAGAUGAACAAUUUGAGGAGUCUAAAAUGAAUACAUUCUCAACUUCCAGGCUUAAAGCAGUGCUCCAUAACUUAAUUCCAUCUCUAAUGGCCAGCAUUUCUUCUAACAAUCACGAUUUCAAAGGAUUUUCAGAUAUCGAUAGCCUUUAUAGCAAAGGGCUACUUUUGAAGCUUGGUCUUCAGGACGAAGUCUUAAAAAAGCUUCCAUUGCCUAAGGUUGUUAGCAGUAUCAAAGAAGGAGAUCUGCUCAAAUACGACACGCCAAAGAUACUAUCAAAAGACAAAUUUGCCUGGUUACGAGAUGAUGAAUUUGCUCGACAAGCAAUAGCAGGAGUGAACCCGGUAUCCAUCGAAAAACUUCAGGUUUUUCCACCAGUAAGCAAGCUUGAUCCUGAAAUCUAUGGCCCUCAAGAAUCCGCCCUCAAGGAGGAGCACAUUCUUGGUCAUCUCAAUGGCAUGACUGUUCAAGAGGCUUUGGAUGCAAAUAAGCUUUUCAUUGUGGAUCAUCAUGAUGUAUACCUUCCAUUUCUCGAUCGGAUUAAUGCACUUGAUGGCCGCAAAGCAUAUGCAACACGCACCAUUUUCUUGUCUGAUGUUGGCACACUUAAGCCCAUUGCCAUUGAACUUAGCCUCCCCCAAACUGGUCCAAGUUCGCGAUCCAAACGUGUUGUCACACCACCUGUUUGUGCCACUGGUAACUGGACGUGGCAGAUCGCUAAAGCACACGUCUGUGCUAAUGAUGCUGGAGUUCACCAACUCGUCAACCACUGGUUGCGUACACAUGCAAGCUUGGAACCAUUUAUAUUGGCAGCACACAGGCAAUUAAGCGCGAUGCAUCCAAUUUAUAAGCUUUUGGAUCCACAUAUGAGAUACACUCUAGAAAUUAACGGUUUGGCUCGCCAGAGCUUGAUCAAUGCUGAUGGUGUCAUCGAGGCUUGCUUUACUCCUGGUCGCUACUGCAUGGAGAUCAGUGCUGCUGCCUACAAGAAUUGGCGCUUUGAUUUAGAAGGCCUUCCAGCUGACCUUAUCCGAAGAGGGAUGGCAGUACCGGACUCAACACAACCUCAUGGGCUGAAACUUCUAAUUGAGGACUAUCCCUAUGCUGCAGAUGGGCUUAUGAUAUGGGGCGCAAUCGAGAGCUGGGUUCGCGAUUACGUAAACCACUACUACCCAUCCUCGGCCCAAGUUUGCAGUGACAGGGAGCUGCAAGCUUGGUAUGCCGAGACUAUUAAUGUGGGCCACGUUGACCUUCGCAAUGAGGAAUGGUGGCCCACGUUAGCUACUCCAGAGGACCUCAUUUCCAUCCUCACCACCCUCAUCUGGCUGGCUUCAGCGCAACACGCUGCACUGAAUUUUGGGCAGUACCCUUACGGUGGCUACGUCCCAAACCGGCCACCACUCAUGCGUCGAUUAAUCCCUGACGAGAACGAUCCCGAGUACGCGGUGUUCCUAGCUGAUCCACAAAAAUAUUUCUUCUCAGCUUUACCAAGUUUGUUACAAGCAACAAAGUUCAUGGCCGUGGUUGACACAUUAUCGACACAUUCUCCGGACGAAGAAUACUUGGGGGAAAGACAUCAACCGUCUACUUGGACCGGAGAUGCAGAGAUUGUUGAAGCGUUCUACAAAUUUUCCGCGGAAAUAGGGAGAAUUGAGAAGGAGAUAGAUGAAAGAAAUGCCGAUACGAAACUAAAAAAUAGGUGUGGUGCUGGUGUGUUACCAUAUGAACUAUUGGCACCAAGUUCAGGCCCUGGAGUAACAUGUAGAGGUGUUCCAAAUAGUGUAUCAAUAUGAGUAAUUAUAAGUACAUAUAUAUAACCAAUGUUUAUGAAGUCCAUAAAUAGGGUGGACUAGUGAGUCUUCUCUGCAUAUAUGUAAUAUCAAGAUGUAUGUUUGUAUCUACAGCUAGAUUUUUGUAAGAACAUUAAUUAAAUUAAAUAAUUAGCUACUAAUACUAGCUUAAGUCCA